AUGGACAUUUUAUUUCGCCUUCUGUUGGCUUUUUCAUCCGUCAUCAUCGUUGUUCAUGGUCAGGGAGCUCGCGGCGGAGGUGGUGGAAGCCGAGGCGGUGGCGGCUAUAGGGGCGGCUCACGAACUGGAACUGGUUGUCAAGGUGCAAGUUGUAACAUAGUAGGAAUCGUUGUUGGCAGUGUGAUCGGUGGUGUACUGGGUCUCAUUGGAGUCAUCUUCCUCACUAUAUUUUGUUGCCGAAGAUAUCGAGCUCGACGCGCAGACUCGAAUGAUACAUUCAUUAGUAAAAACUCGACAAAUGAAGGUAAUAGAAAUUAUCAAACUUACGAAGAAGACCAUUUCAGAAACGGGGAUUGGCAAAGUCGAUAUCAUCAAUAUGGCCGAUGGAAUGGACCACAUAGAAUGUCAUUGGUGUUUGAUCGCAUCAGCAAUCGCGUGAAGGGGAACGGAUCUGAUAACGUCGGCAAAUUCAUCGUUGAUGGAACGUUUUCUUUAGAAAAUCAACGAGUAGCAAUCGCAAAAACGUAUGAACUAGGUACCGGUGAUCCUAAAGAAAACUUUGGGCAUAAAGUUGAUUUACAAAUGAUAUGGAAUUCAAAUAACGGUCAGUUCGAAGGCAAAUGGUACGUUAAUGCAAAUCACUAUCAUGGUGAAGACAACUUCGAAAUGAAAUACGCAGACAUAUCGAAAACGCCUUUCGAGAAAAGAAUCGACUGA